UUGUGGUUCCUGGAACAUUUUAGAAGCUAGUGACUUUACUGCUUCUUGUUCAUAAUAUACAUUCACCAAUAGAAGAUUCAAGAACAUUGUUCAAAUAAGUAAUUUUUCUCUUUUUUUUCUUUUAAGUUUCUUCAUGCACGACUUUUGGAUUGUUUAGCCUCCAGCUCAGCUCUGUGAACCAACACAACACCAUCCUUCUUGAUUAAGUACACGCUGUGCCUUGCCGACAUCGACACCAGAACAUUUCUCAUGAAAGGUCCGGAGCGCUCUUACGUCUUCUCUUCCGUAUAUAAAAAAAAAACCUCUACAAAGCUACAAGCAACCGGACAUUACUUAGGUGGAAAAGGCACUGAGAUGAACCGAAGGGCACAUUUCCGAGCACUAUUGUGGCAAUGACAGAAGAUGCUAAGUGAAAGACUCUGGGCCUAGACAAACUUUCAUUUGAUUUCUGACUGGGAUACUUACUAGCUUUAAUACCUGGAGAAAAUAACAUUAUUAACAGACCUUAAGUUUUCUUCUCUGCUCAAUGGGAAUCAUAUUAUCUUGUGAUUCUUGUUGAGAAAGUAAAAGUAAAUGCCUGUUAUGUAAGCCCAUAAAACACAACUUGAUGCCUGCUGAUGUCUUCCUACUCUGGAUCCCUAAACUUCUUUGCGGAAUUAAGAAAUAAGCGCUUCUCAGACCACUCCAUGGAAUUUGAUUUCUGGGAUCUUAGGAGUAACAUGCCUUUUGUUGAUGGCUACUAUGGGAAUUUUGUUGAAAAAUUUAUAUUCUAAACAAAGUAUUCAGCGAACAUUUUCUCCAGAUGCAAUCACAGAACUCCAGAAAGGCUCUAGCUGUUGUUCGUGCCCAGAAAAGUGGAUUGGGGACCAAUGCAACUGCUAUUUCUUUUCUGGCGAAUUAAAAACCUGGAAAGAAAGUCGUGAUUUCUGUGCUUCUCAGAAUUCCAGUCUAUUGCAGAUUCAAAAUGGAGAGAAAUUGCAUUUUGCGAUCUCCAGUACAUAUUAUUACUGGAUUGGACUCUCUUACCAUAAAGAACGUAGUGCCUGGUUGUGGGAAGAUGGCUCCACUGUCUCCCAAGAUCUAUUGCCAUUAGUUCAAGGAUUAAGGAAGGAGAAAUGUGUAAUGUAUAGCUCAGCCCGAAGUGUUUUGGAUGAACCCUGUGAAGAGAAGUAUCGUUUCAUAUGUGAACGAAAGCUUAUUUAGCUGUUUCUUGGAGUGAAGGGGUGGGCAGUAGAAGAUUCAGUAGUACUAAGAACAUGACUUUACCUCUUGUAUUAUUGCUAAUUAUCUACUUCUGGAAUCUGUAAAAUGUUUCAAAUUAGGUCUUAUGGUACAAUUUUCAUAUAUUUGAAAUCAUGUGUCUUAAAAUUGGUGAAAUUUUUGUACCUAUAUCUGCAAUAACAAUGCAUCAAGGUAAAGAAUUUCAGGACUAGUGUGAUUUAAUGCGUAUGUUCAAUAUUAAAUUUAAUAUGUUUUUAUGCACAUAUUCUUGUAAAUUUUCUUUGCAGAAAUUCAAAUAAAAUAAUUUGCAUCAAAGAAUCUA